AUGGCACAAGUUCAAGAAGAACACAAAGACGAUGCCUCGACUGGUCCUCCCGCGGGAUUGAUCGGUCGUUCGUUGGCAACGCUCUCAGCCGCGUAAGUCGUUUCCACCACCGCCGUCGGCUAGCUCGGCGACUCGAGUGGGCCUCAAAUUGAACUCAGAAGCUGACGCAUGCAGUGGCGAUCCCGUACAGAUGGACACAACGCGCUCUGGUGCAGACUGCGUUGGUCACGACGGCGAGGUUCUAUACCAUUGGAUGUGAGUCGCAGUCGUCGCCGGCUUCGUUGGGCUAGAAUUCGAGCUCCGCGACUUGGAGGAGCCGGAGCGGACAUCACCGUGUGGGCGCUCCGCGUCGCUCGCCCGCACCUUUCUCGCAAAAACACACUCGGCAAUUGGUCGCUAGGAGUUCGGCGCUCGGGCAUGUCGACUUAUGCGACACGCCUCAGCUACCUACCGGCAUUGGAAACAAUGUGUUGUGAAUCUGCACUAAAUCUGACUCCAUUCCACCACAUGUUUUCUUUGCAGGCGGCCACGAGGCAUGGGAUCUGCGCACCGCCCUCUUCAUCGGCAUCGCUCGAGCCGUCUCGGAGGAAUCGAAGAAAAGGCAAGACCCCAAUGCCGUUCUCGAUCCCGCAAAGGUUUGUUUUCUCUUAAUUACUUGUAUUGCGCUUCAUAUCUCGUAAAUUAACCUUUGAUGCCUUCACUUUUGGCGUGAAACAGGCGACGCAAUCCGCACGCAAGAGGCUCGUCACGCUCGAGAUGAAGAACCCAAAGUUCGGCGCGUGCGUCGAAAUUAAGAUCCCCGUCAAACCCAAGCGAGGGCUGGGUGGGAUCUUGGAGUUGCUCGAUCAGGAAGAAGAGGUGGGGAGAGAGAUUCCGGUGAGUUCAAGGGUCUGGGAAUGUAGUCGUACAGUUCGCAUGAGCCGAUGCUGACGGGUUGUUGCUGGUUAGGCUGAAUGGCAACUACACAAAGAUGUCAAGGGCAAGGCGAACGAGAGAGUGCUGCUUUACUUCCAUGGUGGUGGAUACACUCGUAGGUCCCCAAUGGGAUGUCCGUCAUCUCGUCUGCGUGUGCUAACUCCGUCUCAUCCUCUCACGCCAGUGCUCAACCCAAGGACUCAUCGACCAAUUUCGCUUCACCUCUCUCAGGAGCUCGGCUGCCGCGUGCUGUGUGAGUCGCACUGUCCUCUAUCUCAAGUUUGAAAGGCGUCUCUGAUCAAUGUGUAUACUGUCCGUAGCUGUCGACUACCGACUCGCUCCAGAAACCGUCUUCCCUGGCGCUCUUUACGAUGCCGUGACCUCGUACCUCUACCUGACCGAAGAGCUCAAGGUGUCACCUUCCAACGUCCUCAUCGGCGGUGACAGUGCUGGUGCUGGACUGUGCCUCUCGUUGAUGCUCUACCUCCGCGAUACCAAGAUGAAUCAAGUAGCAGGUGCGAUCCUCUUGUCCCCGUUCUGCGAUAUCACUCAUUCGUUGCACUCCUGGGAGUCGAAUGGGGUAGGUCCAAGCAUCCCUGCGCAUGUUCUUGGUCUGGGUGAAACUAACCAUUCUACUUUUAUCCAGCACCUUGACUACCUCAGCGUCCCCGUCGACCCCUCCCCCUUGAACCCAGCCAAACUCUACGCCCCCUCCAACGCUUUGCACCCCUACGUCACCUCCGUCUUGGCAGACCACCAAAACCUUCCGCCUCUCCUCCUCCAAGCCGGAGGCGCCGAAACCCUUCGCGACGAAGUGACGCUCUUGGCCCAUCGUGCCGAUCGUGCGGGCGUCGAUGUGACGCAUGAGAUUUAUGAUUCGGGGGUGCAUGUGACGCAUCUUCUCUUUGAGAGCGAAUUGGCGAGGGUUUGUAGGAUCCAAGUCGGGGUAUGGGCCAAGAAGGUUCAGGGGCCGGAGAAGUUGAAGACUAGGAGCGAGGGGUGGAGUGAGGUCGAUGCGUUGUUCGGAUCGGAAUGGAAGAGAUUGGAAGGGAAUGCGACCGACGGUGGUGCGAACAAGAGUGGUGGAGCGGAGAAGAAGGCGACUCCUCAACCGGCGUACAUUUUCGAACCUGUUGUUCAAGAAGCGCCCCAAAUUCAUCUGCGCCAGAACGCGAACGAGGAGGUUGCCAAAGCCGUCGAGGAGGACGCCGAGUACAAACCUAGGAAAGGCCUGACGACGAUUUUUGUCCCCAAGAGGAACCCCAAGGCGGGGCUGGUGGGUCAAGUCCGAGGGGUGUUGCAUUUGUGA